AACAGCGUAAUGACUGGAUAAGGCUCGCCUGCUCUCUGCUGCUGUCACAGCGAAAAUGGCAGACACUCUGAACAAAGUGCGCGACGUUGAUAUUGAUCCGGAGGGAAAGUUUAAAUACAUUUUAGUGAGCAUAAAGGUUAAAGAUGGAACGGAUAAUAAAGUGAUAGUAAGGGGAACUAAGAGUGCCGAGUACCACAAUCACAUUUUUGAAAAAGUGAAUCCUGCUAUGGAGGCUUUGGGACUGGAGUGUAGUUGUCUUGGAGGGGGCAAGAUUGAGCACAACAGUGAAGAAAAGAAACUUAGAGUGUUUGGGGAGUCUACGGGAUAUGGCAAGGCUGAUCAUGCUGUGACAGUGGAAAAGCUCAAAUCUGUCUUCAAAGACUAUGAAGUCACUAUGGAAUAAAAGUCUAUAUUAGGCACUUCAGAUUCAUCCUUUUGAGAAUGUUUGAAAGUUUACAAGUUGAAAACACUUUAUUUUUAUGUGGACAAAAUUUACCCUUUAAGAUCAUUUGAAUCACACACAAAUCCAUUGUCAGUAGGAUUAAAAUGGACCUCAAGAUCAUUGACCUCAGUAGUGCUAGGUCUAAGCUGCACAGGAACUCUGCAUUUGCUAUGCACAGUGAAAAACAUAUCCUGUCUCCAACACGGAAUGUAUCUGUUUAGAGAUCGGCAACAGAUAAAAGAGCAUCUGCAUGAUUCAUGGGAUUUCUUGUUAACUUAUUUCUGGUUUUCAUUGGGACUUUUUUCCCCCUAACAAAUCCUCUUUAAUUUAGAAUAGAGGCCUAUUGUUGUGCAAAUGCUUACAUUUAUAUAGUUGCACAUGCAAUUUUCAGUAGAACACAUUGAAACUAACUAAUCUAACACAUAUAACUAAUACCUUGUAUGUUCUGUAUAAGGAAUUUUCCCCAUACUGCUUCUGAAGUCAAAGCCUUUACUAAUUUCUUGUAUCCUGAGACCCUGAAUAAAAGAACAUGACCCCUUAUUGUCUGUUUGCUUUAGGAGGUUAAAGGAGAGCUCAAGCACCUUAAGUCAUUCACUGGCUGGCACCUUGAUUGUGUAAUUAAUUACAAUUAUGACAGUAUGAGUAAGCUAGAGUCAAGUCAAGUGAAAUUUUUGUU